GUUACACUCCCUUACAAUGUUCGGUAAAAGGUGGACACAUCGGCAUAGUCCAGUUGUUAUUAGGAAGAACAGAUAUAGAUCCAAACAAAGUAAAUAAGCACGGGUACACUCCUUUACACUCAGCUGUUAGUGGUAAACAACUAAACAUAGUCCAGUUGUUAUUAGAGAGAACAGAUAUAGAUCCAAAUAAAGACAAUCAGAUCAAUGGUGACACUCCUUUACACACAGCUGUAAGAGGUCAAAACCUCAGCAUGGUCCAAUUGUUAUUAGAGAGAAGAGAUAUAGAUCAAGAGAAAGUAAAUAAGAUCAAUGGCGACACUCUUUUACACACAGCUGUAAGAGGUCAAAACCUCAGCAUGGUUCAAUUGGUAUUAGAAAAAGGAGAAAUAGACCCAGAUAAAGUAAAUAAGAUUAAUGGCGACACUCCUUUACACACAGCUGUAAGAGGUCAAAACCUCAGCAUGGUCCAAUUAUUCUUAGAAAGAGGAGAUAUAGACCCAGAUAAAGUAAAUAAGAUCAAUGGUGACACUCCUUUACACACAGCUGUAAGAGGUCAUAACCUCAGCAUGGUCCAAUUAUUAUUAGAAAGAGGAGAUAUAGACCCAGAUAAAGUAAAUAAGAUGAAUGACGAUACUCCUUUACACACAGCUGUUAGAGAUCAAAACCUUGAGAUGGUCCAAUUGUUAUUAGAAAGAGGAGAUAUAAAUCCAGAUAAAGUAAAUAAGAUCAGCGGCGACACUCCUUUACACACAGCUGUAAGAGGUCAAAACCGCAGGAUGGUCCAAUUGUUAUUAGAAAGAGGAGAUAUAGAUCCAGAUAAAGUAAAUAAGAUGAACGGCGACACUCCUUUACACACAGCUGUUAGAGAUCAAAACCUCGAGAUGGUCCAAUUGUUAUUAGAAAGAAGAGAUACAAAUCCAGAUAAAGUAAAUAAGCAUAAUGAGGCACCAAUGGAUGUUUUUAAGGCACGAGAAGGGAGAAUGGAAGAGGAUAACAAAAUAAAACGAGCAAUAGAAGAACUCUUUAAGAGUAAAAUGCCAACAACUUAA